AUGGUCACCGAUCCCACCAGUUCUACAGCCCCAGUCAAUGGGGACGAUAUCACUGCAUUGACUGCAACCAGGAUCGCAUCAGACUCCACGAAUACCAACACAGCUCAAGCCACAUCACUGCCAACAUCCGGUCAUGCAAUAGGUCAGGUGACCACCCCUUUCCUGGUCAGCACUUUGUCCACGAUGGUCACCGAUCCCACUAGUUCUACAGCCCCAGUCAAUGGGGACGAUAUCACUGCAUUGACUGCAACCAGGAUCGCAUCAGACUCCACGAAUACCAACACAGCUCAAGCCACAUCACUGCCAACAUCCGGUCCUACACAAGGUCAGGUGACCACCCUUUUCGUGGUCAACACUAUGACCACGGUGAUCACCGAUCCCACCAGUUCUGCAGCCCCAACCAAAGGGGACAAUACCACUACAACCAGUUCAAACACACCCCAAGCCGCAUCACUAGCAACAUCCAGUCCUACACAAGGUCAGGUAACGACUACCACUUCUCUGGCUACCAACGCUGCCUCAAAGUCCCCCUCAACAACGGUUCAAGAAAUGAACGUCAACACCUUCAACACGACCUUGGACAACAGUUUCACCACAAUGGUCACAACCGAUUCUGUCACUUCUACCAACACCAUCCCAUCGGAUGCCACCGAUACCAACACCCCUUCUAGUGUUGCCCCUUCUUGUGGAACCUGUCCUAGGUGUUCGCUCAAUGUCAAAAUGUUUACCCACGUCUGUCCAGAAAUCUCCGGACGGAAUGGAGUCACUAUUCCGGCCAUUAUUGUAUAUUUCACAGAUCGUGAUGGCAUUAAAUUUGGGGAGGUUUGUGAGAAGCUAAGAGCUAUCCAGCUCACAGGGCCGUUUCUGUUUCGGCAAAAGCAACGCUUUCAGAAGAUCGGCGUCCUUUGGGGGAAGUAG